CUAAAAACGUCUUCGGCGACUUUGAUGUGAAGGCAAUGGUUGAAUCGGAGAGAACGAAACACACAUGUCUCCGGCUUGAAAUCUCCGGCGCCGAUCCGAUUUUCGUCAAAGGCACUUGGUAUCACUCUCGUUUUGAUAUCUCCGUCACCGAUGGCUCCUCCUCUUGGAUUUGCAAUGCGACGGAGGAGGAGGUGGCGGAGCGAGCGGCGCAAUGGGACCAACCUGUAUCGGAGUAUUUGGAGCUCGCCGAACAGUACUUAGGGUUUCAACAGCCUGAUUCUAUCUAUGGUUUCUCUGAUGCUCUUGAGGGAUGUAAACGGCUCUCUUGGACGUUUGAGAAGGAAGGGACUAAACUUGAGUGGAGGUGGAAGUGUAAGCCAUCUCAUGAUAGCAAGAAGAUCACUGUAGGGGUCUUGGAUUUUCUUAUGGAGUCUAAUAUAAGGCUAAGUGAAGAAGUUGUGAACAAGACGAGAUCGUUUGAGAAGAUGAAGAGUGAAGCUGAGAAAUGUCUCGCGCAAGGUCAAAAACUUUGCAAAGAAAAAACAGAGUUUGAGGAUGCAACUUAUGCCAAGUUUCUAUCUGUGUUAAAUGCAAAGAAGGCAAAACUCAGGGCACUAAGGGACAAAGAAGAUUCAGGGAAGGCAGUUGAGGAGGAAGAGUCAACAGAUAAAACUGAAAGCUUUGACGACAGUGAAAGAAGUGACAAUGAGCAGGGCGAGGAAGUAGACUCAAAGAAGGCAACAAGCAGUAAAGCCCGUGGCCGGAAAAGAGCUGCACCCAACUAAAAGAUUCCACUGCUUGAGAUUUCAGUGUAGAAAUUUCUUAGCUCCCACCGACUAAGGUAGCUAGGGAUGAUGUUGAGAUCGAGCAAGGAUUUCUAUGAACUUGUACGUGAUUUACUUACGUACAUAAGAAUGAAUGUACUAAAUGAAGGAAGACUUUUACUUAUGACUUGCUUUUGUAAUUAUACACUUUUUUCUUUAUAUAUAUAAAUUUGUACUAGACAUUUGUGUACCUAGCUCGAAUUUAAAACAUAUGAUUA